ACUGCACUUAGCACACGAAUGACAAAGUGAGCUAAGUUUUAAAAUGGAGGACAACAGGUUGUUAGUCGGAGGACCGGCUGUGUGUUGUUGUUAGUGUUUACCUUGAGGACUGAUACAACUCACACAAGUUAGCUGCUGUUAGCUACAUGUGUAAGUUUAUAACGCCAUGUUAGUGGUUAGUGUUUACCUUGAGGACUGAUACAACUCACACAAGUUAGCUGCUGUUAGCUACAUGUGUAAGUUUAUAACGUCAUGUUAGUGGUUAGUGUUUACCUUGAGGACUGAUACAACUCACACAAGUUAGCUGCUGUUAGCUACAUGUUCUCUGCACAGGUGUUGCCAGCGGUCGGCCCUCCUCCUUGUUGCCAGGCGACCAUGGAGCUCGAGCUCGACGUCUCCUCCUCCUCUCCACACGAGGCUGCUCCUCUUCCUCACCCAGAGGUUCUAUGAUAUGGAGAUGCUCCUGAGCUGGAGCUCUCAGCUGAAGAGGAGGGUGAUCAAAAGGAAGAACGCGUACUACAGCUACGCUCAGAGGUUUCAUGGGUCGGACAUUGCAGCAGCGUAUUAUGUCUUAAAUCUAAAGGGAGGAUUUCGGUUUGUUGGGCUGUCAGCCUGGUUUCGUGCUAACCACAGGGGCAAGUUCAAUUGGGAUUUCUUGAACCACAAAGACACACCGCUAGAGGAAGUCGACAUGAGCUACUCUGUCAUCAACUACACAGGACUGGUGAACCUGGAGGGACAGCGAUCUUUGAGGACUCUGUCUUUUCGAGGAUGUCCUGAAGUGGAUGACUGGUUUCUGGCCAAGCUCCACAUGUUCCAGGACUCCCUGGAGGAGCUGGACAUCUCUCACUGUCCACGCAUCACGACAGGCGGCCUGGCUGCACUGAGGAAUCUCAAGGGACUGCAGCGUUUGGACAUUUCAUCCCUACCUGGGAUUUCGAGUCCUGGGUUGAUCAUCAUUCUUCUGGAGGAAAUGUUACCACAGUGCCAAAUCACAGCGUCUGGCUACAACCUCAGUCUGAGUCAGGAGGAGAAGAUGGAGCAAAUGCAAGAGCAGAGAAAAGGACAAAGUUAGGUGCAGAGGGAACACCUGACAUAAGAAGAAGAGACGGUAUGGGUCUGGAUAGGUUGGACUGGGCCAGAUUUAGUUUGAUCUCAGAGAAAGAGUUGAAUUUUACAAAUCCCGACAUAAUCCUGCAGAGUCAACCAGGUACAGACUCAAAUUUGUUUGGACCUUUACAACACACAAUUGGAUAUAUAAAAUUUAAAACAGUAAAUCGUGGAAAAAUAAUGGACUACCUCAAGUUUGUUGGGUUAUUUGUCAAAUGUUGCCUCUCCAAAAUGAACAAGGUGGCAGAAGAUCCUCUGGUCAGACACGUGGAUAACAACACAGAAAUGUCUCUAGCGUUCAGGCGAGGGGAAGUGCACCAUGCAGGAGGACUGAUGUAACAUAUCAAUUCCACCGCGCAGAUCACAUGUUUUUAGCACAUCGACACCAGUGUUGGCUCGUAUCACCCAGCACUCCCACAACGUCAUCAACGCGCCCACUCGCUCGCACUGAAUCCUCCAGAUCAUUUCCUGCUCAAUUCUCACAUGGGCUCACGUGGACAUUAUCCAGAGUUUUUACGGGGGGGCUAGCAGCAGAAAAUCUGGAGACUGUCAACAGCAACUGACUCAGACAUUUGCGUUCCCACUUAUUGUCACUGUUUAAUUUCAGGAGAUUAUCUGGAGUUCAGUGCAUGUCUGAUCAGCACAGUUUCCUUGGCCAGUAAAUUUCAAAUAAAGAGUUUGCACUAUUGUGAAUAUGAUUUCUCCUUCUCCAGCCAAUCAAACUUAGUCUGCAUAUGUUGUGGUGUAAAUAUGACUGUAAAUGUACAAAAUAAAUGAUUAUGUAUGA